AUGUUUAAAGCCAAUCAAGGAUUGGGGAUUUGUGCUCCAUGUCCUGCGAACAGUCGCUCCACGGCGGAGGCCUCUCCCAUCUGUAUCUGCCGCAAUGGCUAUUAUCGAGCAGAUUUUGAUCCACCAGAGGCAAUGUGCACAAGUGUUCCUUCUGGACCUCGUAAUGUUAUCUCUAUAGUGAAUGAGACGUCAAUCACAUUGGAAUGGCACCCCCCACGUGAAACCGGAGGCAGGGAUGACGUCACCUACAACAUUAUCUGCAAGAAGUGCCGCUCUGACCGGAGGAGUUGCUCACGGUGUGAUGAUAAUGUAGAUUUUGUUCCCCGACAAAUGGGACUAACAGACACCCGUGUCUUCAUCAGCAAUUUAUGGGCUCACACACCAUAUACAUUUGAGAUCCAGGCUGUAAAUGGAGUAACCAAUAAAAGCCCAUUCCCUCCCCAACAUGUGUCCGUCAAUAUUACCACCAACCAAGCAGCUCCUUCCACUGUUCCCAUCAUGCACCAGGUCAGAGCUACAAUGAAGAGUAUCACCAUAUCUUGGCCCCAACCAGAGCAACCCAACGGAAUUAUCUUGGACUAUGAAAUCCGGUAUUAUGAGAAGGAUCAAAAUGAGUUUAACUCUUCUAUAUCAAGAAGCCAAACCAACACUGCCAGCAUAGAAGGACUGAAGCCUGGUGUGGUGUAUGUGGUACAGGUCAGGGCGCGCACAGUGGCGGGUUAUGGAAAGUACAGUGGAAAAAUGUGCUUCCAAACACUGACUGAUGAAGAUUACAAAUCAGAGCUGAGAGAGCAGCUUCCACUGAUUGCUGGCUCGGCAGCAGCGGGUGUUGUCUUCAUAGUAUCUCUGGUGGCUAUUUCCAUUGUGUGCAGUAGGAAAAGGACUUACAGUAAAGAAGCAGUGUACAGUGAUAAACUACAGCACUAUAGCACUGGCAGAGGCUCUCCAGGAAUGAAAAUUUACAUCGACCCCUUCACAUAUGAAGAUCCCAACGAAGCUGUGAGGGAAUUUGCCAAGGAGAUUGAUGUCUCUUUUGUGAAGAUUGAAGAAGUUAUUGGGGCAGGAGAGUUUGGGGAGGUGUACAAGGGCCGCCUGAAGCUCCCUGGGAAAAGGGAAAUCUAUGUUGCUAUCAAAACCCUUAAAGCUGGAUAUUCUGAAAAGCAAAGAAGGGAUUUCCUAAGUGAAGCAAGCAUUAUGGGUCAGUUUGAUCAUCCCAACAUCAUCCGACUGGAAGGUGUGGUGACCAAGAGCCGACCUGUGAUGAUCAUUACUGAGUUCAUGGAAAAUGGUGCACUGGACUCUUUCCUACGGCAAAAUGACGGGCAGUUUACAGUGAUCCAGCUGGUGGGAAUGCUCCGAGGUAUUGCAGCUGGCAUGAAGUAUCUAUCGGAAAUGAAUUAUGUUCACAGAGACCUGGCAGCCAGGAAUAUCCUGGUGAAUAGCAACCUGGUGUGCAAGGUGUCUGACUUUGGGCUCUCUCGCUAUCUGCAGGAUGAUACAUCAGAUCCAACCUACACCAGCUCCUUGGGUGGGAAGAUCCCAGUGAGAUGGACAGCACCAGAAGCUAUUGCUUAUCGCAAAUUCACAUCCGCCAGUGAUGUCUGGAGUUAUGGUAUUGUCAUGUGGGAAGUGAUGUCAUUUGGGGAACGGCCGUACUGGGACAUGUCCAAUCAGGAUGUCAUCAAUGCCAUUGAGCAAGAUUACCGCCUGCCUCCCCCCAUGGACUGUCCAGCAGCCCUGCACCAGCUCAUGCUAGACUGUUGGCAGAAGGAUCGAAACAGCCGGCCGCGCUUUGGGGACAUUGUCAAUACUUUGGACAAGAUGAUCCGGAACCCCGCCAGCCUCAAAACAGUGGCCACCAUCCCUGCUGUGCCUUCCCAGCCACUGCUUGACCGCUCCAUCCCAGACUUCACAGCCUUUACCUCAGUGGAUGACUGGUUGAGUGCUAUCAAAAUGGGACAGUACAGAGAUAACUUCCUGAGCUCUGGUUUCACCUCAUUGCAGCUUGUUGCCCAGAUGACUCCAGAGGACCUUCUGAGGAUAGGAAUUACAUUAGCUGGACACCAGAAAAAAAUCCUGAACUGUAUUCAGUCCAUGAGGGUCCAAAUGAGCCAGUCACCCACCUCUAUGGCAUGA